CCGGAAUAUAAAUCCUCAGUGACGACUCUUGGCGAUCUUACCCUCUUGCAGUGCACAGUGGCUGUGCUUGGGCAGCGCAAUGAAAAGUUCGGAUUCUUUCUGCUCAACGUUUAUUGUUUGCGAGCUUGAUUCUUGAAGAAUCGUCUGAAUGUGUUGGCGUCAUACAACGGGCGGCUUGGCAAUACCUAGUACGAGCUUGCGAUGAUCGCUUGUGGAAGGGUCAGUGGCGUCUUAUUCCCUCGACCGACAUUCUGCCGUCUUCCUUUUGCUCCUCCACAUGCCAGAUGCAGUCUGGAACAUCGCUCUCAUGUCUCCGUCCAUGGGAAUGUAGGUGACGUUAGCCCGCCUGCUGUAUCAUAUAAAACCAGCUCGGAUUCUACACUUUUCCUCAGUCUAAAUAUGAAGCUUACAUUCUCCGCUGCAUUCCUCACUGCCCUUUUCGCCGCCACUGCUUCAGCAUCCGUGGCUCCUACCCGCCGAGAUAUCUUCGCCCCGCCCAUCACUUCCCCCAGCACGGGAACGGUUUGGCCCGUGAAGACUAUCCAAACGGUCACUUGGGAUACCUCCAACCCGCCUGACCCUAUUACCGACCGUAACAGGAGCAGUAUCAGGCUUACCAAAGGUGGUAGGCAGCUCCCUGUCGUUUUGGCCGACCAGUUUGAUAUUCUUCUGGGAAAAAUCGAUGUGGAAGUUCCUUGGGCGACCGAAGGCGACGAUUACGCCCUUAUUCUUUUUGGCGACUCGGGUAACUGGGGCGAAACAUUCACCAUUACCGGAGGCCCGAACUAAAUAGUGCCCUCAUAUUCUGAUAAAAACUUUAGUCUACUAUUGUUAGCAGUUAUCACAUAGCAGUCUUUCGGACUUGGUUUUGUACACGACAGAAUAUCACUCCCUUAAACGUUAAUAUCAGUGGAACAUUACCGUACACUGGCAAGGGCUUAUGGAAGAGCCUUCAGGAAGACGGUGGCGUGAAACUAGCUUGUUAUGUGCUCAUAUUUUGCAUUAUUAUUACCAAGACAUCGGCAUGGAAAGGCC